AGGAGAAGCUGUCAGUAUGGUCAGUACGCAGCGUGCAGCAGCAGCAUAAGCUGGAGGUCAUGCUUGUCCAGGAUGUCUGUGCUCAACCCGGCCGUCCUGCUCUGUGUGUACGGCUUCUUCUCCAACCUGCGGCCGUCGGAGCCGUUCCUCACCGCCUAUCUGCUGGGACCGGACCAGAACCUGACGGAGACUCAGGUCGUCAAUGAAAUCUAUCCAAUUUGGACGUAUUCCUACCUGGCGUUGCUGUUCCCCAUCUUCCUGGCCACCGACUACCUCCGUUAUAAGCCCGUACUGGUCCUGCAGGCCACCAGCUUAGUAGUUACCUAUGUGAUGUUGCUGAAGGCGCGGGGCAUGCUGGCCAUGCAGCUCCUGGAGUUUUUCUUUGGACUGGCUACGGCCUCGGAGGUGGCCUACUACUCCUACAUCUACAGCGUGGUGGAGCCGGCACACUACCAGAGAGUGACGGGUUACUGCCGCAGCAUCACUCUGUUUGGAUCGGCUGCUGGAUCUCUGACCGGCCAGCUCCUGCUCUCCGUGGCCAAAGUUCAGCUGGUCCACCUCGUCAUCAUCACUCUGGCGUCGGCCGCCGUGGCCUUCGUCGCUCCCUGGUUUCUACCCAUGCCCAAGAGGAGCUUGUUCUUCCACAAGAGCCCGGGAGCGGCGGAGGAGAAGCCGCGCAGCAGCAGCACGGCCCUGUUGGACAAGGAUGAGGAUUCAGAGAGGAAGUUGCCUCCUAACAGCCAGGACGUCUCCACGAUAUCCAGGUCGUCUGAGACGGGAAGUCACCGCAGUGGUCUCGUGGAGGUGUUACGGAUACUGUUCGACGACUUCCUGAAGUGCUACAGAUGCCGGCCCCUGCUGGCCUGGUCGUUGUGGUGGGCUCUGGCAACCUGCGGCUACUUCCAGGUCAUCAACUACGCUCAAGCACUGUGGGAGAACGUUCGUCCAUCCCAGGACUAUGAAAUCUACAACGGCUACGUCGAGACGCUGUCCACACUGCUAGGGGCUCUGGCAGCUCUGCUGGUGGGCUACCUGCCUGUGUGCUGGUCUCUGUGGGGGGAGCUGGCUCUGUGUGUCCUCUCCCUGCUCAUGGCUGUGUGUGUGUUCGUCAUGGACACAAUAAGGAACAUCUGGAUAUGUUACGGCUCAUACAUCCUCUUCAGAGCCAUAUACAUGCUGCUCAUCACUGUGGCUACAUAUCAGAUCGCAGCCACUCUCAACAUGCAGCGCUACGCCCUGGUGUUUGGAGUGAACACCUUCGUGGCCCUGCUGCUGCAGUCUCUCCUCACUGUGGUGGUGGUGGACUCCGCCGGCCUCGGCCUCGAUGUCUUCACUCAGUUCCUCAUCUACGGCGGCUACUUUGCUGUCAUUUCUACGGUCUUCCUCGUCGCUGGGCUUUGCAAAUUGGCCUCCAGGAGGCGCUCCAAGCAGGAGGACGAGGUCCAGGAGGACAAGGUCCUGGACGACAGCCGAGCAUAAACGAAGUCGGACUCUCCUCCAAUCAGAGACGCCAGCUCCUGCAGAUAGGUCAUAACGAUAGAUAUCGAUUUAGCUUCUCACAUACUAAAACACCACAGGUGAGUGAGCUUCAGUAAUCUCUCCAACCACAUAGUGUCUUCAUUGUAUUGUUCUGUAUAAUUACUACUACUACUCACUGUGGCUUUGCCUUAAAACACUUCAAGCAGUAUUAAUCCAUUUUGGCCACUAUGUGGCAGAAAACCUCCAGAACAAGUUGACAGACGCACAGCCCGGACAUAUUAUAAUUAUAUUGUUGUUACGGUUCAUAUGUUAGCGAUGGACGCUGUCAACACGCUGAGCACUGAGACUGAACUAUACAGAAAAUGUGCGGUAUAACCAAAAAACAAUGAGCAAAAAGAGCUGCUGAUGUGAGUGAUACAUCAUCGUAUGUUUCACUUUAGAUAUUCGAUUCAAUAAAAAAGACGCAGCUUUUAAAAGACCACUCUUUGCUGAUCACACAAAUCAUCUGUUAAACGUCGCACAAUGUUACAUUUCCCAGCUUAUUGAAGUUGGUGCCUUUUUAUACUUGAUGUAAAACGCUAAAUGAACACUAAGAAUGGUACCUUUUAAUAGUACUUCUGUGUUAUAUAUUUGACACCAGCCAAAAAAUAUAUUUUUAUAUGUAUUAUUUCCUCCUGUAAGUGCUUAGAUUGUGUACAAUCAUUGAUACCGAUGAGGAGUUAUCUGUAUCAGGUUUAUCUUGAAUGAAUGAAACGAGGCUGCUGAAGGCUUGAACUGUUACGCCUGUUAGGGCUGCUUGUAUCUGUUAUGUGCAGUACUGCAAUGAACAUGUUGUAUACCUUACUACGUUGUCUAUUAGGCUACUUGUUAGUAGAUGCAUUCGUUGUUGGUUUGGCUCUGCAUAUGGGAUUUGGUGACAAUAAGACAAAUAUAUAAUAUAAAGUGAUGACCAAAUUUAUUGUCUGACAUCAACCAAUACAUUUUAAAGAAAUAAGAAAUAAUGGCCAAAUUUAAGCAACAAAUACCUGCAGUGGAAAACACAUCACACACACACUGUACUCUACAAAGCAACAGUGCUAGUUACAUACCAGAUCUUUGAGCACUUCAGAUGAUGCCUUUUCCUUUUCCACUGUCCAAAUGUUAUACACAGAUUUUUUUAUUAUUUGUUUGUGUAGGCAACUAGGCGUUGAGCCAGCCUUUAGUUUUUUAUUAUUAUUGUCAUUAACUCUCAUGUGUCACUUAAUAUCAAUACAAAUUAUUCAUAACUUUAGCUCUAAUAUAAGUUUAUUUGUUAUGCAGUACAAUCACAGCGAUGCUUCAUGUUAAUUUGUGUAUAAAUGAUGUUUGCAAAUACGAUUGCAAGAUUUGACUAUCUGUAAAAAAUGCACGAAAAAUUCACAAAUAUUUGAAAAUAUUUAUAAACAGCAAGCACUUCAAAACCAAAUGUUAAUGAACUCAAAGCUGGAAAUAUACAGGCCUAGACUGUAUGUGGAAUAGUGAAUUAUUUAAGUGAGUAUUUAUUUGAAAAAUAGUUUAAAUUGUAUCCAAGUUGGAUGAAACACAUUUGUCACUACUAUUAAUAUUGCUCUAUUGCUAAUUUCUCUAAGUACAACAGCAAUAAGCAAAUUGAUUUAAACAUACGGCCUUUUAUCUGUAUAAAAUAUGGACGUAGUCUCCAUGACGGUUUCUGAAGAAGCUCAAAGUGGGUGCCAUGGUGGUCCACCGGAAGGGGUGGGACUUCACCUCCCUAUUUAAUAUUAUACAUAUUAAAUAUAUACAGACAAUAUAAUAUUAAAACUGCAGUUUUUGGCACUUCUUCGGCUUCAUUUGUCAGCCACUUGGUGAAACGCCGACUCUUCUUUAUUCCUCCUUGAAGUUUUAUGUGUAUUAAGUGUAUUAAGUGGAGGGCUUUCCGCCUCCGGAAACCCUCUCUUACUGUACAUCUCACUCGGUGUAUUGACAGUUAGGCGUUGUGUGUGUGUUCAUUCCAGAUCUCUGUUAAGUCCUUGACAUGAAAUCCUGUCUGUGUAGUUUGUUACCUGCCUGGAAGGUGUGUUGUGGUGGUACUAAACACAGUACACACAUUCAAAGUUGCUGUCUCUAUGAAAUGACUAUGACAAUAUGUUUUUUGUCUAAUAAUAUGUUAACAUGUUUUUGUGUUAUGUAUGUAUUGGUGUGUAUUUUCACUGUUCAUUUUGUUAUUUUAAAAUCAUACUUAAUAUCUUUAAAUAAACAGAAAUAACAUCUA